UACGACUGAUUAGAGAUAACGAACUUGUCACAUGUGUGUAUUGAUUGUAUUGGAUUAUAUACUUGAUCGAGUCUGAGUUAAUAUUAUGGCUUCUUUGAAAAAUGAAGAAGCAGUCGAAACAUCUAACCACAUGGAGAAAUGUUCACUUAAUGGAGAAGUGACAAACAACGUAACACACAAUGGGCCUGCUUCUGAAAGAAACAAACUUGAGGCUGUUCCGGAAUUCGGAAAUGAAAUUCGAAAGGAGUUUAUGCUACGACCGAACAGUGUGUUUCUAAACCACGGAUCGUACGGUAGCAUGCCGAGAUGUGUGCACGAACGGCAGGUUAGAAUCGGUAGCCCAGAUAGAACGCCCAAGUCCCAUACAGAUGCCGGAUAUAUCCGGCCCGAUUCGGCAUGUAAACGUGUAGCCGCCGUGUGGCUCCGUGUCGAUCCUUGUAGGUCCUGGAACGUCCGGCAUUGUCCUUGGGGAUCCGGGAGGCCAACACGGCAGUCCGGCGACCGCCGUAUCUAUGCCUUGGUUGUCAGUGUGCGUCGUUGUCAUGUAACUAAUUUACUGUCCUGAAACGCCAGAUGAGUGGAGGAAGAUCGCCAAGCAGUUCAGCUGCACAACUGUUGUGGUGCCUUGGACGGUAAAAAGAUCGCCAUACAGUGUCAUCGGCGUUGUGGCUCCUUGUACUACAACUACAAAGGUCACUAUUCCAUAAUCCUCAUGGCCUUGUUCGACGCCGACUACAAGUGUAUUUGGGCGGAAGUACCUUGUUGAGAUGGAGAGCCACCCGGACACCUGGUUCCGAUACAACAUGUACGGCUACAUGAAGGCCACUAUAGGUCGGGUGGCAGAGUUCAUGGGUAUACGUAUGGAGGACACCUUCAUGUUACAAAACGUCACCAAAGCGGCCAAUACCGUUCUGAAGACGUUCCCGUUCCAUUCCGGUGACGCUGUGCUUGUCAACUCGCUGACGUACGGUGCCGUCAACGUCGCCGCGCGCGCCACGACAGCGGCGUCUCUGAACGGCGCGCAGACUCUUUCACUGGACAUCAACUUCCCAAUUAACAGCGAGGAUGAGGUGGUACAGAAAUAUGAGGACUUCCUUAAACAGCAUCCGGAAGUGAAGCUGGUUAUAGUUGACCACAUAACGAGCCCCACGGCGGUGGUGAUGCCAGUGAAGCGUAUCGUACACGUGUGUCACGCGCACGGGGCGGUCGUGUUCGUGGAUGCGGCGCACGUGCCCGGUCAGCUGCGACCGGAUAUACAGGACAUCGACGCGGACUUCUACGCAGGUAAUCUGCACAAGUGGGUAUUCUGUCCUCGCUCCGCUGCGAUCAUCUGGCGCAACCCGAGCCGCCAGCACGCCUGGUUCAGACCUCUCGUUACCUCUGCAUUCGAGCACCAAGGGCUGCACGAGGCGUUCGGAUAUGAAGGUACCAAAGACGACAUUCCCUAUAUCUGUGCAGCGAACGGGAUCGAAUAUAUAAAUCGCGUGGGUGGCCUGGAGAAAAUCAACGAAUACAACUCUACCCUGUUGUACAAAGGAGUCACGUAUUUGGAAGAGAAAUGGGGCACGAAGCGCUUGCAAGUUCCAGACUCAAUGCAUUCAUUGUACCAGUGCAUCGUUGCGCUCCCAUUCAUCCCCGGAUUUUCCGACUUCAAGGAAACGCCUGCAGUCACUCAAGUAUUCAUGGGAAAGAACCUAGAGCUUCAAAAACUGCUUCUGGACAAGUAUGACGUGCAAGUUGCUGUUGUCUACGUUGGUCAUGAGUUAAUGGUUCGAGUUUCCGUGUCUAUUUAUAACACGAUGGAUGACAUCAUCCGCUUGGCGGAUGCAUUACUUGCCCUGACUAAAACGGAAGCUUAAUUCAUAUCGGACGCGGGUUUCAUACGGAUAUUUUAACUUUCGCGAAUUUUAAGCAGCUUCUUAUCAUACGUUUAUAUAAAACAUAAAUUAUAACUCAGCAAUGAUUUGUACGGCCGUUGUCGGAAUCCACGUCCAUUCAAAUACGCUCUGCUUCUAAUAUAUAUUUUAGUGAUAGAGAAAAAAUAUGCAGUGGAUUUUGACGAUGCAUAACGACUAGGGUGUUUAAACAUGUCUAUAUGAUUACUUUCUUGAGAUGUUUUAAAUUAUGAGACCCCCUCCCCCUCAACAACCCUUACAAACAACAAUUACAAGCACACAAACGCUCAAACGCAUAUUAACCAAACACAAACAAAACAACACCACGAAAAACAUAAUAAAUUACAUUAGGCCUAAUGUAUGCAAAUCCAUGUUUCAAAAUGUACGUAUUCCAUUAAUUUCUUGAAAUUUAUGUAUUCCAUAAUUAAAAAAAAUGUAUUCUAUACAUUUCUCAAAAUGUAAGGUAAUUCAUACAUUUUCUGAAAUGCUUGUAUUUCAUAAAUUACUUAAAAUGUAUGUAUUUCAUAUAUGGUUGUAUUUCAUUUAAUCCUUACGGUGAAUGGUACUGCAUGCCGUAGUUCUCAUAACUUGCUAUACUAGAUUUUAUUUUUUUAACCUUUGAAGUCAACACUAACUGUUUCUAAAAUUGUUCGUAAGAUUUCUGGUACUCCAAUUAAUAAGUGUUUGCGUAAUGAUUUGCACCAUUAACAACUUAGUAUAACUAUAAUUGGUUUUGAACUUUCCUAAAUGAACAUAGAGGGUUUAAUAAAUAAGUAAAAAAAAUAUUUCUUUAGAAAACAGUUAGAUGAGUGUUUGUGACCAUGUUCUUAACGCAUGUUACAAAAGCCUCACUCAAUAAAGUAUUUCACAGAGAUCAUCAUGUUUCUUUUCUUUCUGUUUCUUUUAGUAUGUUUAGUGAAUAAGGAAUCCCUAAUUGUUGAAAUAAGAGCUGAACGUGGUCAGAGAAAUUGAAACCAUUUAUUAAAUUCUACAAUUA